CACCCUAGUCCGUGUCUUGUCCACACCCAGACAUUUCCCUCGCUGUCCGUGUGUCACUGAUCGUCCUGCCACGCCCACACAUUGCCCAGGCAUCUGAUCAGACAGGAUGCCCGCCCGGCCGCCUGCGAUCUCCGAGCCGAGAAGUGUGACUUCACAUGUAUCAAGGACCAACGCGCAGUUGCUGAAUGUGGCGAGUGGGGGGCACCAACAAAUGCCUAGGACUCGUCACUGGGCUAUGUGUAGCUUGUGCCAAAUCGAUUUUCGCCAACUCAAGAGGGAGGAACCGCAGGCGAUCUCGACUGUUAGCCCUCCAUAUAGGCUUCGAACCACUUUCACUGCUCGCGCUUUUGUUGCUUGGGGCCAGCUCGAUCCCUUGUGGUUUGUCACAGAGAUCCCGCCCAGAACUGGCUGGUUGGUGUUGGACCCCGUCCCCACUCCUCCACGAACGACGGGGACCCUGAGGGGGGAAAAUGCAGUCCGGCCAAGUGUCGUGUUUAUUAGUCGGCAUCGUCAUGUACGUCGAGACACAUUCACACUUCAGAACUUAAUCUGCCUUGUAAAGGAGGUUUUUGUGGCACACAGCACCCCAAAGGUUUGGGCCUGGCCGUGAUCAAGGUUUUAUGUGAGGCGCUGUUUCCUUGUCUCCGUCGUGUGGGGCUGGCUCUAGUCUAGCUUGCACCUGGGCAGGAUCCGCCAGCGGGUGACUCGGGGGUUGAGUGAGCUUGUUGCCCAAGUCGCUGCUGCCACUUCCGCUGCAGGCCAUCGGGCCAGGGCUGCUCGACUCCUGUCUGGUUCGGCGGUUUAAGCUAUCGCGAGCAGAUCGAACUUGACUUGACAUUGCCGCUCCGUAGACGA